UACUUGUUGCACGCAGCGCGCACAGGAAACCUCAGACUGUCAAUCUCCUCCUGCAAAGAACCACAGUCUCCUCAGAGAAACCUCCUAUCCCUCAAAGUUUUUACCAACCAUCAGGCUUCUUCCACUUCUUCACCGGGUGAGGCUGCAGCAUCUGGACUGAACCCCCCCUCCCCCAGAGUCACAUCACACGUGUCCAUCAUGUCUGGAGAAAAAGCUCGUGAGGAGAAGACCCCGGAGGGGAGGCCGCCCCCCUGCCGGGCCCUGGUGCUGACGGGUUACGGCGGCUACGACAAAGUGAAGCUGCAGGUGACGAAGCAGGGAGACGCGAAGCUGGGGCCCGGGGACGUGCUGCUGCGCGUCAAGGCGUGCGGGCUCAACUUCGCCGAGCUGAUGGGGAGGCAGGGUCUGUACGAGCCGCUGCCCGCACCGCCGGUCAUCAUGGGGAUGGAGGGCUCCGGGGUCAUCGAGGCUGUGGGGGAGGAGGUGAAGGACAGGAAGGUGGGAGAUCGUGUCAUCGCGAUGAAGCGCUCCGGCAUGUGGCAGGAUGUGGUCGCCGUGCCCUCUGACCUCACCUUCCCCAUGCCAGAAAAUAUGAGCUUCGAGGAAGGCGCCGCCAUCCCCGUCAACUACAUAUCGGCCUACCUGAUGCUGUUCGAGAUGGCCAACCUGAAGCCGGGCAAGAGCGUUCUCGUCCACAUGGCCGCAGGUGGCGUAGGUAUCGCUGCCACCCAGCUGUGUCAGACGGUGCCGGAUGUGACCGUUUUCGGCACCGCCUCAGCCUCCAAGCACGAGACCAUCACGCAGGGCGGCGUAACUCACCCCAUCGACUACCGGACCAGAGACUACGUGGAGGAGGUCCGCAAAGUCACUCCCAAGGGUGUGGACAUCGUCCUGGACCCACUUGGUGGCUCCGACACCCAGAAAGGCUUCGAUUUGUUAAAACCCAUGGGGAGUCUGAUAGUCUUUGGCGCAGCCAAUGGUGUGACGGGCCCGAAGAGGAACCUGAUGGCGCUGAUGAAGCUCUGGUACAACCAGCUCUCCAUCAGCGCCUUGAAACUGAUGCAGACCAACAAGGCCAUCGGCGGCUUCCACCUGGGCUACCUGGAGGACGACGAGCUCAUCAACAGGACCAUGUCGGAGCUGCUGGAGCUCUACAGGCAGGGCAAGAUCAAGCCCCGCAUCGACUCCUGCCAUCACUUCGAGGAGGUCGCUGACGCCAUGAGGCGCAUGCACGAGCGCCAGAACAUUGGGAAAGUCAUUCUUCUCACCGAGCCUAAGAAGAAGGACUAGAAGCCUCGGUCCGACGCUGGGCCCGGGGGAAAGGCGGAGAAAAACUGAAGCAGCUGUCGGUAAAAGAGAAGAAGGAGGCGACAGAGGAAGUCAAAGCAGAGAAAGAUUGAGUCAGAGUGUUUAUCUGAGGGAGACACUUCCUCAACAAGGUUCCCUAUUGUUUAAUCGUCCAAAAAAAAGGAAAGAAAAGAGAAGAGAUGCAGAUCUCUGUCAGUAUUUCUAAAUGUUUAUAAAGACUUAUUGUGCAAUAUUUCUAAAGUGGAGUGUCUAUGCUUUUAACACUUAUAAAUAAAAAACAACAGUGCACAGCUCAAUGUGCAGACUCAUCGUGAAUUGCAGCUAUUGCAAAAUGAAAGGUUAAAUAAGACAUUUCUCUAUAGUGAUCUUGACAAUAUCAUGAAAUGCUAUUUGUUAUAUUCAUAACAUUUUAGAUGAAGUAUAGAAAGACUGAGUAAUCACUGCAAGUAUGAACCACCCAUGGAAGAUAAAAAGCCUAAUGAAGCCCUCCCAAUAAAGGUUUUCCAGGAAUUUAGAUUUAUUCAAUUCAAAUAACAUUGAGUAAGAAUGUUUUUAAUUUCUGAUUUCUGUAAGAUUUCAGACAGAGUAUAAAUAUUCUUACGGUGACCACUGGUUCUUAACAAGUACAAAUACAAGGCCUGAAAUAGUUUUCAAUUAUCCCAAAUUCAGAUUCUCACCAUGAAAAUGUUUCUACUGAAUUAUCAGUGCAUCAUUAGUCUCUUUCUGAUUAAGUUUAUGUGAUGAACUAAUCUCUUUCUAACCAGCUGGUUAAUGAACCUGUGGAAAUACAAGUUCCUGCGUUGUGUUUUCUUGGAACAAUGUAAAGCGAUGUAAAUGUGUUUACUCGGAACAAGUGUAUUUUGACUUUCGGUUGUGUAUUUCCAUCAACAGUUUGGUCUUCAAUUUAAUUUGAGGUGGUGUUAAAAGGUCUUAGAUUUAACUUGUUGUACAGCUGUAGACACCAUGUGUAUGAACUGAAGAAGAAUUAUUAUGUUUUUAACAGUGUGAUGCAUGUGACAUGUUUGUGUCUGUGCUGCUUUAAACAUUCUGGGUCGUCACACGUGUCAAGAAGAUAUCAGUGGAUAUAAAAACAAUGAAGAUGUA